AUGGACGCGAUCUCCGACGGUCCUGCAUUGUCCCGCUCCUACACCUCGAUCGGUCCAGCUGCGUCAGACACCUCUGAAGAUGAUAUGCCGCCCACCACGAUAAACCGACCCUGGCCCGAACACCCUCCACCGCACGUCGGCGACCAAGCCGCCCGUCCGUCAGCCCCAAUCCUCCGUCCCGAUCUCGGCCUGUUUUGGGACACUCCAGUCGCCCAGGCAGAAGCAGCCGCCCAGCCGGGCGCGGCCACUCAGGCGGCACCAGCUACCUGGCCGGCACCACCGCCCUUCGGACCACCGCCCAUCUCCAAUGGCAGCGAGUACCGCAACAUCGUCAUUUGCAUCGACGGUACCGGCAAUAAGAUCGGAGACAAAAAUACCAAUGUAGCCAAGACAUACAACGUCCUUCUGAAAGAUGCGACGCAGCUGGUCUUCUACAUCACCGGCCUGGGCACAGAUUCAAAGCAGAAUCUAGUCACUCGCGCAAAGAAUCUUGCGUUCGGAAGCGGGCUCGACAAGCAGGUCUGCGAAGCCUACGAGAUCCUAGUCAAGGAAUCUCGACCGAACGAUAGAGUGUACCUUAUAGGCUACUCGAGAGGUGCCUGGGCCGUGAGGGUUUUGGCAGCGAUGUUGCAGUGGCCAUUGAUCCUUAGGUCCGACCAGACAUAUCUGAUACAUCCGCUGUAUGAUCUCUGCACAGCUGAGAAGUCUGAGCUCAAUGUGGAGACCGUAAAGGGGAUUCAGCUUCCAACGAGAUUCCGGAAAGCUAUGCGCGAGCGUUUAGCGGGUGUCUACUUUAUGGGCGUUUGGGACUCGGUCUCGUCUUUGGGCGGCCCGCUUCGUCUUCCCAUCAUCCCCUCCGCGGCGGCCCCGCAGGAAGUACGCAUAUUUCGGCAGGCGCUAGCCCUCGACGAGCACCGCUCCCGCUUCUCCCCAGAGUACUUCCAGCACCAUGGCGCCUAUGGCGAAUUGCAGCAGAUCAGAAAAUGGGCUACGCUCAUAUCUGACUAUGUGGCACGCGCGGACCAUCCCGGCCUCGAUACCAACCAAGUCAGGGAUCUACUCAAGGACGUGAGAAGCUCGCAGCGGGGUUUGAACAAGGUCCUCGGUACGCACAUCGUCUCUGUCGAACGGAGCGGAACACGUCCCAUCACGGUCAAGGGCCGCGUCGAGUGUUGGUUCGCGGGGUGUCAUUCGGACGUUGGCGGAGGAGGUGAGGAAAACGGGAAGCCGAGCUUGUCCAACAUCCCCUUCAGAUGGAUGUUACGCGAAGCAGCCAGAAGCGGGAUACGGCUCAGUCUGGAGGGUAUGACGGACCACCUAUCAUGCGUCGCGCCCGAAUUCUGGAAUCCAACUUUCCUGCGUGCGGCCCUAUCAAAGUCACCGGCGGAUCCCUUCCACGCGGACCAGGCCGAACACAUCCGUGCUCUGUUUCAGCCGGGCAACGCACCGGAGAACGUCGAUCAAGGUCACCUGGAAGGCCUCGCAACAGUCCUGGCGCUUUGGGACUCAUACGGUUCACACGGCGACGGGGCGGUGUCAUCCCUUGAUAUGGCGGCGAAAAAGAACGAAAGUCUGAAGGGGGCGUACCAUGCUCUUGAGGCGAUACUGGUGAGGCGGAGAAAGUACUCGGCGAGCGGGAACCCGAAGAAGGAUGGCCUCAUGUUCCACCUAGGCCGACCUCGGCAAAUUUCACCUGGACACAAAUGCCAUUACUCGGUUCUCCGGCAAAUCGAGUACGAGGACCGACAGGCUAAAGAGAUGGAGAGGAAGAAAGGGAAGCGAUUCUGGAUGGGAAAGAACAAGUUGCCAAUGGCGCGAGGGGCGUGGGAUUGGCCGACAUGGGAAGCUGUGCGAGACAGAGAAGCCGAUGAUGAUAUCAUGUGGGAGUUCUAG